AGAAAGAAGUGGUCCAAGGGCAAGGUCAAGGACAAGGCCCAGCACGCCGUCGUCCUCGAGAAGCAGACCGCUGAGCGUCUCAACAAGGAUGUUCAGUCCUACCGUCUGAUCACUGUCGCCACCCUGGUCGAUCGUCUCAAGAUCAACGGCAGCUUGGCCCGUCAGGCCCUCGCUGACCUUGAGGAGAAGGGACAGAUCAAGAAGGUUGUUGGUCACUCUAAGAUGAACAUCUACAGU